GAGCUGAUGGUGGAGAAGGAGAAGGUGGAGAAGGAGCUGAAGGAGCUGCUGGAGGAGCAGGACAGCAAGAGCAAGCCGGAGCAGGAGCGGGAGAGGAAGGAGAAGCAGGAGGAGCUGGAGGAGCUUGUCAAAAAGAUGAAACGGGUGAAGGACGAGGAGGACCAGGAGGUGCAAGUCGGGGAGAAAGUGGCUGGCGAGGCUGAGAAGACAGUGGUGGAGGAGGAGGAGAAGAAGAAGAAGGAGGGCGAUGGAGAGAAGGAGCCCGAUGAGAACGCAGAGAACGCAGUGAAGAAGAAGGAGGAGGAAGCUGUGGAGGUGAAGGAGCCGCUGCAGAAGAGAGUGAUGGAGAAAGCGAGCGAUGAAGCCACGCGGCAGUUUGAGAGGGAGAGAUACAAGGAUGAAGACGAGGAAGACGAGGAGGAGGAGGAGGGCAACGGGGAGGAUGAAGACGAUGAGGACGAAUACGUCAGAGAGGAUGAGGAGGGGCGGGAGGACGGAGAUAAUGAGGAGGGUGAUGCUGAAGAAGACGAAGGAGAGGAGCUGCUGGAGAUCGAAGCAGAGCUGCGUAAAGUGGCUGCAGAGCUGAGGGAGCUUCGCAGAGGAUAAGCUUCACACACACUCACAGCAGACUGACAAAAUCCUUUGUUGCAUUCGCAGUCACACAUUCAGCUCACACAUUUUCCAUUUAACAGCCUUCAAAUCCCUUCAGCACUCAGAGAAAUGUCUUUAGAUGUGAAUCUGUAAAUGGACAUUUGUAGAAACUGUACAUACUGUUGUUUCAUUUCUACUUUUAGAUUUCCUGGAAACGGCUGUCACUGUUUACUUAGCUGAAUGCGUACUUGCGUAGAGGAAAAAGAGUUUUCCAGAGAAUCUAAAAGCUCGUGAUCAUCACUGGUGUCCCUGUCUGAGUACCUGUAAAUGCUGUUUGUAAGGUAGACAGGUGAUUUCACUUUAGUCGUAAUGGAUGCAGAGCAUUCAGCACUUUCAUUCAAAUGUUAGUUUCACUGUAGAGUCAUGAAUACUGGUAAUCAGAGCUUCUUUUCUCUGGAGGUCUCAUCUUUGAUGUUCUUGAGGGGGAGAACUGGUUCCCUACUAUAAGUAAUAUGUGUAUUUUAAUAUAUAUUUUGUGCAAUAAUUGAUAAUAACUAAGUGUAAGCUGUUCCGACUGUUAACAAUACGUAUUACUGAUAUUUCUACACAGGAGUAAGUCAUGAUUUCCUCUUCAUUUCCUUGACGAUAAAGUAGAAACAAGGAUUGUGUUUCAUUUGGCUCACGCACUGUUAAAACCAGACUGUUUGUGACGAACCGAGGUGACACGAGCAAAAAAAAACAAAACAAUAACAAAAACAAAAACACACAAAACGGAGGUAGAUUGUAAUUCUGCGCAGCUACACGUACGUCAGAUGUUAAGUUUGUCUUUUGCGUGGUCGGUUGUGGCGACAGGAUGCGAUGUACUUAGAGCUUACAAGGUCUAAAAGUGUCACUUCGGGUUCUCAGCCAGCUUUGCACUCUUAUCUUAACAAGCCAAGGAGGAGCGGAGGGAAGAGGAGGGAAACACUAAAGCCAUUUGUUGUCUUUUUGGUAACAGCAACACCGACAAUAACACUGAUAAAUGCUCAGUCGUGUUACAUCACAGUUCUCAUGGCUGUCCUGUCAUUUGUGUAAAUAUCCGAUUCGUGGUCUGUAAGCCAAGGUCAUAGGAAAUAUGAAGCAACAGCGCCCCCAAGAGGACACUGGGUAGACGUGCAGAUAACAGGGUUACUACUGGAGGCCCACUUACCGCAAUAACACAACAUAGACUACAGCACACGUGAAUGCAAUAAUUAGCCAAAUAAUGUAUUUUAAUAUGUAAUCAAAGUGCAUCAUAUAAAACUCAUAUAGCAAAUGUAAUCUCUCUCUUUUCUACACAGCCAAGAUUUACAACACAUUUAUGUAUUCCAACGCUGGCAAAGCGGCCGGUCGACUUGUGCAAACACGUAGUCAACGCUGAGGAGCUCAUCACUGUCCGUUCCAAAGACGAGAUAUAUUUGUUCGCUUGAGAAUAAAUGAAAAAUGAAUGUACUGUAGUUUUCUUUUUCUAUAGAAGUGCAAAAUGUUUCCACGAAAUCUAUCCAACAAACCAGCAAAGAAAGCCGUGGGGAAUGUCUGCGGUGGGGGAGGGACAUGCUGCUGGGCAUAGAGGACAUUUCAAACAACCGAAUGAUCAGAAAAACAUCAUUUGUAAUAUUACUGGCCAAUCAGAGUGCUGUAUUUUGUGCCUGCUGUAUCUUCUUCUAUGCUACCUGUCAAUCAAUAAACGGAAAGUGUAUCAAACCA